AUGGAAAAUAAUAUUACAGUUGUUGGUGCAUCUAAUUGGGAUACAUUUAUUUAUGUUGAUAAAAUGCCAAGAGUUGGUGAAACAAUUAAAGGUACAGAUUUAAAAGUUUCAUAUGGUGGUAAGGCUGCAAAUCAAGCUGUUCAAGCAUCAUUAUUAGGUUCAAAUUGUACACUCAUAACUAAAUUAGGUGAUGAUCCUUCUGGUGUUAAUACAUUAAAAAAUUUUAAAGAUAAAAAUAUAAAUUGUGAAUUUGUAUCAGUUGUAUCAAAUGUUCCAUCAGGAUGUGCUACAAUUAUAGUUGAUAAAAAUGGUGAUAAUAAUAUCAUUAUUAUUGGUGGUUCAAAUGAUUUAUUAAAUGAAAAAGAUGUUGAUAAUGCCAAAUCACAAAUUCAAAAUUCUUCACUCCUUUUAUGUCAAUUAGAAGUUUCAUUAAAUGUUACAUUACAUGCUUUAAAAAUUGCAAAAGAAUCAAAUAAAUGUAAAACAAUGUUAAAUUUAACACCAAUAAACAAUGAUCCAUUAAUUUUGGAAAUGUUUAAAUUUGUUGAUAUAUUAAUUGUAAAUGAAAUUGAAUUAAUUGGAUUAUAUAAUUCAACUUUUAAUAAUAAUAAUAAUAAUGAAAAAGAUUUUAAUAUUAAUCAAUUAAUGGAAAUGUGUGAUAAUUUAAUUAAAAAAUUUGAAAAUUUUGAAAAUAUUAUUGUAACAUUAGGUGGAAAUGGACAAUUAUUAGUAAGUAAGGAAAACAAUAAAAACUGUCAUAUUGAAUUAAAAGAAAAAGUUAAAGUUGUUGAUACUUCAGGUGCUGGUGAUAGUUUUAUUGGUAGUUUUGCUCAUUAUCUUGUAACUGAAAAUAAACCAUUAAAAGAUUCAAUUGAAUCUGCUUCAAAAGUAGCUUCAAUUAGUGUAACAAGACAUGGUACUCAAACAAGUUAUCCAAAAUCAAAUGAAAUUAAUUAA